UUCUGUUUUUCUGUGAGGAUGAUAUGCAGCCUCUCUGUAUUGUGUGUCAGACUUCAAAAAAACACAGACACCACCAGAUCUGUCCAUUGGAAGAGGCUGUUCCGGACCUGAAGAAAGGUUUCAUGACUGCAAUGAUUCCUAUUAAAAAAAAGUUAGAGAUAUACACAGAAGCCAAACAAGAGUGUGAAAAACACACAGAACACAUCAGGUUUCAAGCCCAGAACACAGAGAGCCAGAUAAAGACAGAGUUUGAGAAGUUUCGCCAAUUUCUGCAGAAUGAAGAGGAGGCCAGACUAGCUGCACUGAGGGAGGAAGAGGAGCAGAAGUGUCAGUUGAUGAAGGAUAAGAUUGAAAGCUUCACAAGACCUAUUUCCACACUUUUAGCCACAAUCACAGCUAUAGAGAAAUCCAUAGAGGCUGAAGAUGCUGUCUUCUUAAAGACUUAUGAAGAUGCUAAGAGAAGAGUCCAGUGCACACUGCAGGACCCAGAGCUGCCCUCAGGGGCACUGAUAGAUGUGGCCAAACACCUGGGCAACCUGAAGUUCAGAGUCUGGGAGAAGAUGCAGGAGACAGUGCAGUACACCCCUGUGAUUCUGGACCCCAACACUAUGUCCUCCGUGCUCUGCCUGUCAGAUGACCUCACCUGUGUGAGGCUCAGUGAAGCUGAACAGCAGAUUCCUGACAACCCAGAGAGGAUUACCUUUGGUAGAAUAUUAUUGGGAUCUGAGGGGUUUACUUCAGGGAAACACAGCUGGGAGGUGGAGCUGGGGGAUAAGCCUGCCUGGACCAUAGGAGUGGUACAAGAGUCCAUCACCAGAAAGGUGGCCGGUAUGUACAGCCCAAAGGGAGGAUUCUGGGUCAUACAGCUGAGGAAUGGUGGGGAUUACAGAGCAGGUGGAGUUACUGACUUCACACUGAAGAGGAAACCCCGGAGCAUCAGAGUGGAGCUGGACUACGACAGGGGGAAGGUUUCCUUCUUCGACUCCAGUGACAGGUCCCACAUCUACACUUUUAAAGAUACAUUCACUGAAAGAAUCUUCCCAUAUUUCAAUCCCUACCCAAAAAUCGAGGGCAGAAAUAUUGGGGCCUUGCAGAUCUGUCCAAUAUCUGUAACAGUAGUGAAAGCCCAGUGAGUGUAUUGUUAAUAGUGAUGUCAUCCCAGUGAGCAUAUCAUUAAUAGUGAUGUCAUCAUCUCAGUGAAGGUGUUGGUAGCUGUCGUGACUUAAACUAUUAGCCUAACUCUUCAAGCCCAUUCUAGAAUGACUUGGAAUGUGCCCUGUACUGUCAACAUUUAUUAAUCUAAAAAUCUUCUGUCACAUUUUGUAUCCUCUUUUACAUUAUCAGCUCUCCAUAGUUUCCUUGCAUGCUGCUAUUGCAGUUUUUACUGUUCCAUAGUUCUUAAUGUUGUGUGAGUCUAUGUGUGUUUGGUAAUCUUGUUUGUAUUUUUCUUGGAUACACUUUGUAAUGUUCUGUCAUUAAUUCCUUUUUUUUAUGUGCUGCAAAUACAUUGCGCCAAAGGGAUAAUCCAAAUCAGAUUUGAUUAUCAUUGUUUCUUUUCCUCAUACCAGUCUGCAUAAUCAUUAAUAAUCACAUAGAGCUUUAGAUUAUUUGUGCUGCUUUGAAGUAAUGACAAAAAUGUAUAGUACAGUGUAUAGUGUGAUGGUGUAACUCAUGAAGUCUACAAAAACAUUCUGUCUGCCAACUUAUGGAGAAAUAUGUCCAAACUAAUUUGGAGGAACUUCAUCAUGCAGCAAGAGAAUGACCCAAAACACACUGCGGGGAAAAAGUGAACACUUUUAGACUGACCAAGUCAAUCACCAGACCUGAACCCAAUUGAGCAUGCAUUUCACCUCUUGAAGAGGAGAUUGAAGGGAAAAAACCAU